CGUGAUCACGGAAAGUCGCCGUUCGUGAUCUACCAGGGCGCGUGGAACGUGAUGGCCCGCUCGUUCGAGCGCGAGAUCAUUCCCAUGGCUCGUGCAUACGGAAUGGCUCUCGCUCCCUGGAACGUGCUGGCUGCCGGAAAAUUGCGCACGGAUGCUGAAGAAGAGGCCCGCCGCAUCUCCGGAGAGAAGGGCCGCAUGAUAUUCGGACCGGACUGGGAGCGGAACGCAGACGAAAAGAAGAUGUCUGCCGCUUUGGAGAAGGUCGCCAAGGAAGUCGGAGCCAAACACAUCACUUCGGUCGCCAUCGCCUACCUGAUGCAGAAAGUUCCCUACGUGUUCCCCAUCAUCGGUGGUCGUAAAGUCGAGCAUCUGUUGGCCAACGUCGAGGCUCUCGACGUGGUCCUGUCCCCGGAGCAGAUCGCCUAUCUGGAGAGCAUUCUGCCAUUCGACCCUGGAUUCCCCAGCACCAUGAUUGGCGAUGGGCUGAAGCACAGCAACCUCAUCGCAUCCGUCGCUCAUUUCGAUCGCCUGCCUAUCCCCCAGGCCAUCCGCCAUGGCAAGGAGUAGAUAUUCUACACCAAAACCCAUACAAAACACAAUGUAUUCUUGCUAUCGAACAAAUGUCGCACAUCACCGUGUCAAGAUCGCUUCGAUUUUGAGUUAC